AUGUCUGAUGAACACCUUGAUAAUAUAAAUGAAGAAAUGUUCACUGGCGAUGAAGAGUCGUAUGAUUUAGACAAAAUGAAGUCAACUACUCCUAGUGUAAAUCCAGUUAAAAACCAAUCCCCUAAUGUAGAAAGAGAUGAAAAAGGUAGAAGUGAAUCUGAAUUAGUAAAAAUAUUAACUGAUGCCCUUCAGCAAGCAGUGAAGUCUAUACCUGCUACUACGACUGUAUCUGUUCUUAGACGGGCCCCAAUUAAGGAAUUAAGAAAAUACGGUGCCACAGAAUUCUCAGGUCUAAAAGGAGUUGAUCCGUCUAUAGCUGAAAAUUGGAUGGAGUCGACCAAGAGAUGGUUUGACAUUUUACCAGAGAAUCAGAUAACUUGGGAUCUAUUUCAGAAAGAGUUUCAAAAGAAAUAUAUCGGAGAAAUGUAUAUCGAAGACAAGAAGCAAGAGUUUUUAACGUUGCAACAGGGUGACAUGUCAGUAAUAGAUUAUGAGAGGGAAUUCUCGAGACUUAGCAGAUACACCUCAGAGUUUAUUCCAACUGAAGCUGACAGUUGUAAGAAAUUUCUACUGGGUCUACGAGAUGAGAUCAAAUUACAGUUGGUAUCUCAACGUAUCACUGAAUUUGUUGAUUUGAUUGAGCGAGCCAAGAUGGUAGAGCAAGUCUUAGGAUUUGACAAAAAGUCCAAAACUUCUAAAUUGGUUGGGAAAUGUAUGGGAACUACAAGUUCAAAUCCUUUACCUAAAAGAUCCAGGGAUUCCCAAAAGAGUCAGGGGAAACAAACUACAGUAUCAAUUGGUAGUGUAAGAGACCAUUAUAUUAAAGAUUGCCCAAAGAAUGAUAGUGCUACACUUGUGACAUCACAGAGAUCGAUCUCUAUUGCUAGAGGUAGAGGAUCGGGCAGAGGUGGAUCAGUAUCUAAAGGAGGAGGUAUGAGAAGAGGGAAUGACAUAGUGACUCAGCAGUCUGAAGCUAGAGUGCCGGCUAGAGCAUAUGUGGUCAGAACCCAUAAAGAAGGUGAUACUCAUGAUGUGGUGACAGGUAUAUUUCUAUUAUAUUCUGAGCCUGUUUAUGCUUUAAUUGAUCUUGGAUCUUCGCAUUCCUAUAUUAAUUCAAAAUUAGUUGAGUCGGGAAAAUUAAAAUCCGAAAUAUCUAGAGUGUCUAUUGAAGUGUCGAGUCUGUUGGGGCAAACAGUGUUAGUGAACCAGGUCUGUCCAAGAUGCUCGUUGAUUAUACAGAAUAAAACUUUUCCAGUUGACUUGUUAAUUAUGCCAUUUGUGGAUUUUGAUAUAAUAUUGGGAAUGGACUGGUUAUCUGAACACAACGUGAUUUUAGACUGCUAUAAAAAGAGAUUCAGCAUUCAGACAGCGAGUGAAGGUCGGGUUGAGGUAAAUGGUAUUCGUACUAGUGGGCCAGCACGAAUUGUUUCAGCAAUAAAGGGUAGUAAAUUACUUCAGCAGGGUUGUUCAGCAUAUUUGGCAUAUGUUAUUAAUUCAGAUUCAGUUGGAAGCCAGUGCGGAAAAAUUCAAACAGUUAGUAAAUUUCCUGAUGUAUUUCCUGAAGAAUUAUCGGGUUUACCGCUAGAUAGGGAAGUCAAGUUUACUAUUGAAGUUUAUCUGGGCACAGCUCCAAUCUCUAUACCUCCGUAUCGGAUGUCACCUACAAAGUUAAAAGAGCUGAAGAUAUAG